AUGGCGCCCCAUACAGCCGCACUGCUGGCCCUUAGUCUGCUGGCUCUUGGGCCCUCCCCUGCUCUGGGUGGGGCCAACGAUGCGGAAGACUGUUGCCUGUCUGUGACGCAGCGCCCCAUCCCUGGGUACAUUGUGCGUGCCUUCCGCCACCUGCUCAUCAAGGAUGGCUGCAGAGUGCCUGCUGUGGUGUUCACCACACUGAGAGGUCGUCAGCUCUGUGCACCCCCAGACCAGCCCUGGGUGAACCGCAUCAUCCGGAGACUGCAGAAGAACUCUGCCAAGAACAAGCACCACAGCAGUUAA